AUGACUAUCAUCUAUCGUCCUGGGAAGGUUAACCCUGCUGACUAUAUAUUAAGACACCCUAUCUUAACACAAGAACUCUCGCGUGAAGAGGAUAUAGCUGAACACUAUGUGAAGUUCAUUGCGGAAAAAGCCGUACCUAAAGCGAUAACUUUGGAUGAAGUUAAAAGAGCAACCAGUGUUGACAAGACAAUGCAAAAGGCCAUUGACUAUGUGCGCACAGGAAAGUGGAAUGAAAUCAAACGAUUGGAGGACAAAGAUGUGGAUUUGCUAGAGUUACAGGCUAUACGGAACGUUCAAGAUGGAUUGGCUGUUUACUCCGAUAAUGUUUUACUUAGAGAGGGUCGCUUAGUCCUCUUCAAAUCUCUUCGUGAACAUGCCGUCACCAUUGCUCAUGAAGGGCAUCAAGGAAUUAGCCGCACCAAGGCACUUCUACGCUCAAAGGUAUGGUUCCCUGGACUAGACGAUUUGGUGGAAAACUCGCUCAAAUUCUGUUUACCUUGUCAGAGUGUUACCGAUAGGCCUAACCGAAUUGAACCGUUCAAGAUGUCCGAUAUGAAACAUGGACCAUGGGAAAACCUAAGCGUUGAUUUCUGUGGACCGUUACCAGAAGGUGAAUACCUAUUUGUGAUCACUGAUGAAUUCACUAGAUAUCCAGUAGUCGAAAUAAUGCGAUCGACAUCAGCAAAUGCUACCAUUCCUGUCCUGGAUAGAGUCAUUUCUACCUUUGGAAUACCUAAGGUCGUGAAGUCAGAUAAUGGAAGUCCGUUUAACUCUGCGGCAUUCAAGGAAUUUUCAGUGAACAUGGGAUUUCAUCACCGCAAAAUCACACCUCGUUGGCCACGGGCGAAUGCUCAGGCAGAAUCCUUUAACAAACCGAUGAUGAAGGCAGUCCGAGCUGCUCAUGUCGAAAAGAAAAAUUGGAAACAAGAGCUAUUUCGUUUCCUCAGGCAGUACCGGAAUACUCCACAUCCAUCGACAGGAUUGAGCCCAUUUACGUUAAUGUUUUGCCGGGAGACGAGAACCAAAUUACCGCAGAUAUCACGACCAACAGACAGACCUCUAGAUGAAAUAGCGAGGCAGCAGGAUGAACACGCAAAACGCAAAAUUACAUCGGAGACCAAACACAGGAAUCAAGAGGUCAGAAGUGGAGAUACUGUGCUGUUAAAGAACGAAUCGGGAAAUAAACUUACUCCAGCAUACAACCCUGAACCACACGUUGUAACAAGCACAAAAGGAACAAUGGUUACAGCAUCCCCUUGCUCCAAUAGGAUGGCGAAAAGUGUUACGCGUAACUCAUCUUUCUUUAAGCCAAUUGCGUAUCCGAGCAACGCCCCUUUACCCGAGACUGAAUUCUUGGAAGAGGAGGAGGAAGUAGCGUUACAAAAGGCCGGCACGGAAAUACCGUCGAACGCAACUUCGUCACCAAACGUACCAGGAACGCCGCCCUCAGUUGGCCUAAAUAAUCCAAAGAUACGUGUCGCGAAUCAAACAGCAAACAGCUCCAAACCGUACGUCACCAGAUUUGGUCGUACCAUCAAAACACCUACUGCGUUAAAAGACUUUGUGUCUAAGUGA